GAUGAUCACGUUCAGUGUUGUGGGGUUCAUGUUCAUGACACGAGAACAAGCACGUGCAUUGAUGGUAAGAUAGUCGAUCUCUUAAUGGAAUGCUGUGGCAGUUCAACGAUGAAUUCUCGUCAUCAGCUUUGCUGUGAUAGCGGAUCCGGUGAAUAUUUCCCCGUAGAUAAGAGCGAGCCGGACGAUGACCGAUGCUGUAGGACGGACGGUAGGACGUACUCCAGUGUAACACACCACUGUGGUCCAGAAGGGGUAGAGCGGCGACACUUACUCAUAUCUCUGUGCGGGAGACAGGCGUACGACCCAGUCAGGGACAUCUGCUGUGAUGGAUUUGUGUACAGAGGGGGCAAAACAAGACGACUCAAGUGUCAGGAUAUCAUAAGUCCUACGCCACACGCCCCUGUUGAAGUGAUAUCUCAUCUUGCCUGUUCUGGCCAGUGUUCAAUCUUAACAGUAACGCAAGUACAUCAAAUAUACAGGUGUCCAUUCCACGCAUUAAUUGCCAAACGAAUACGAAAGUCGAAGCAUAAAUCAGGAGGUCAUCGCCGCUACCUUGCAACCUCUGACAUUAUGACCCCUGAGGAUGUCAGAGGUCAUGAACAAAGAAUCUUAAAAUUUUCACAGAACUGCAAAUCAUGUAUACCAAGAUCAAGGAGUGUAAUCGUAGUUGUGAACGACUUGACGACGUCCAUGAACACUUUCUCAAUAGUGAAAAACACUAAAACGAAUCGGAAGUACUUAAGGAAAAUAUGCAACUGAUUUUAAGGGUAAUUUUGACAAGAUAAGAAAUGCAUCGCCAAAACUGUAUGUCGAACUCUUGAUUUUUGUAAGCGGCAAAUAAAAUAGACUGGUUCUAAAAUUCUGAUGAUAAACUUUCUUUUUAUACGAGGACAACGGAGCUA